AUGACAGAAAUAAUAAAAAGUUACUAAAAAUCAGAGUUUUAAUAACAAAUUAAUUACCUGUCUUAAAUAAGACUAUCUUUGUAAACAAGUCUAAUAUUCUUAAACAAAUUUGAUUUAGAAUGUCUUUAACAAUUUCUGACUAUCAAUUAGCAGAUUACUUGCCUGAAUUUGAAAUUCUAAUAUUAAUUUGAGAUCUGUAAAAUAAAUAAAUAUUUAGCUCCAUUUAAAUUACUUCCUGAUGUAGAUAAUCUUAAAUUAUAUUUAGAAUUAGCUUCAAUAAAUCCAGAAUCUAUUCUAUUUGCAUUAGAUAACCUCACUUAAAAAGAUAAAAUAAAAAUUAUUAAUUUUAAGUUUCAGCUAAUUUAAAUCAAUAAAUUUACUCAAUAUGAUUUUUUUUAUAAUCAUUUUAGCUAAUUUUAAAAGCUCUCUUGUGUUUCAAUAUAUCUAAAAUUAAUUGAUCUCAAUAAUGAUUUCUUAAGUAAUUUUUUAUGUAUGUUGUAAGAAUGCCCAGAAUUACAAGAUCUGUCAAUAAAGAUGAAAUAAAAUGGAGUGAAAACUGGAGCAGAUAAUUUUUUUUAGAUUGCUCGGAAAAGAAAUGAGAAACUUAAAAAUUUAAAGAUAAUUUUAAAGUCGCUGGAUCUACCAUAAAACUUUUUUAAAGUUUUGUCUGAAAAUUUUUAAUAUUUUCCAAAUCUAGUUUAAUUUAAGUUGAAUCUUGAUCUUAGCUAUAGUGUAACAUAAAUUAUGAAUGAAAAUGACAUAAAUUUUUUUUCUGAUUCUUUAAGCCUUUGCUAAGAAUUAUAGAAUUUAAAUAUAAAAACUAAUUACAUAGAUCUAAAUGAUUAAGGCCUAACAAAUCUUUCAAAAUGCUUUUAGAGCUUAAAAAAACUAGAAAUAAUUAAAAUCAAUAUUAACUCUAAUAAAAUUAAUGGUUAGGGAUUGGCUGAUUUAGGAUUUUAGAUUGCAAGAAUAAAUUAACUUAAAUAAAUCAAAUUUAAAAUAAAUUUAAAUCAAAAUUCAGAUAAAUUUAAUAUAGAUAAAGCAUUACAAUUAUUUUAUCAAAAUUUAAAGCAGUAAACACAAAUUUAAGAGUUAUAGCUAGACUUACAAAAUAUAAGCAGUUAGCCAAAUCACAUAAUUGAAUUUGCUAAAUCUCUAAGAAAUUUUGAGAGUAAAUUGAUUAUUUUAAAUAUCCGUUUUCAAAACAAUAGCAUAUUAGAUAGUUCAAUAGAAAUAGUAGCAUAAGGACUGUAAAAUUUAAUCAAUCUAGAAAAACUAUCAAUUUAUUUAAACUUGAAUAAUAUUUCAGAAAAAGGAGCUAUAAAACUAAAUAAUAGUUUGUCUUGCUGCAGUAAAUUAAAAUUUCUAUCACAGGAUUUAAAAUGGGGAUAAUAAAAUUUUAAUUCUAAUUUCAUUUGUGUGUAAAGUUCAUUUUAGCUUUAAGAAAUAGAUCUAGAUAUGAGAAAAUUUAGUAUAGAUACAGAUCAGGUUUUUUCUUUCAUUAAAAAACUAUAAAACUAAUAAGAACUAAUGAAUAUUAGUAUUAAUUUAAUGAAUACUGAAAUUAAGCUCAAUGAUUUCAAACAAAUCUUACUUCACUUUUCAAAGUAUAAUAAAUUAAGAAGAUUGCAUCUUGAAUUAAAUAAGGGAUCAAAAUUAUAAAAAGAAAUAAAGAGUUAUACAAAAAGAAAAUUAAUAUAUUUAGUAACUUUUAAAUGA